AUGGAGGAGCUGCAGAAGAAGCUGGAAAUGUCUCGUCUGCUGUUGCAACAAUUCUCUAGCGAGUGUGGGGUCUCUGAUAGUAAGCAGCAGCUUCAGCAGGCCACUGAGGAGUGGGCCCGGCUGGAGAAACACGUGCAACAGCUGCUGGAGACGCAGAGACAACUGCGAAUGGACAGGGAUCGGAAUAUAGAGGGCCUGCAGGAAGAGCAUGCCAUGCGGCAGGAGAAGAUGCAGCAGAUGUCUGCCAAGCUGCACACGCUGAGGGAGGAGAAGGAGCGCAGCCUGAGUCAGGUGCGGGAGCUGGCCAAGCUCAAGAGCCAGAUGGAGUCCCCAGCUUCCCCCGCGGGGCCGUCAGAGGCAGAACAACAGCUGCAGGCGCAGGCUGAGCAGCUGCAGAAGGAGCUGGAGAGCCUGGCGGGACAGCUGCAGGCCCAGGUGCAGGACAACGCAGGCCUGAGUCACCUGAACCAGCCGCAGGAACAGCGGCUGCUGCAGCUGGAGCGGGAGGCGGAGCUGUGGGGCAGCCAGGCCGAGGAGGGCAAGCAGAGCGACCGCGUGACCAUUAGCCGCACGCUCCUGCAGAACCGGGAGCUCAAGGAGCAGCUGGCCGAGCUGCAGGAUAGCUUUGUGAGACUGGUGCAUUCGGCCACCCUGGGCAAGAGCAAUGACAACAUGGAGCUCACCAGCUUGCUGCAGGCAGAGCAGCACGUCAAGAAUGAGCUGGCCAGGGAACUCGGCCAGCUGCAGGAGAAGCUGGGGGAGCUGAAGGAAAUGGAGUGCCUGGAAGCUGCCAGCCAGCAAAAUCAGCAGCUGCAAGCUCAGCUGAAGCUCUUGGCCCUCCCUGGAGAGGGAGAGUACAUUGCCCUCUACCAACAUCAGAGGGCAGUGCUGAAGGAGCGGCACCGGGAGAAGGAGGAGUACAUCAGCCAGCUGGCCCAGGACAAGGAGGACAUGAAGCUGCAGGAACUGGUGCUGCAGCUUGUGGGCGAGCGCAGCGAGUGGCAGGGCAGAGUCCUGGCUGCCGCCACAGACUGCGCUGACCAUCCCCUCCUGGGUCCCCAGCCCUCCAGGAUGCUGCUGACCCGCAGGCUGGUGAGCCUCGCUGACACCAUGGAGCCUGUGCGAGGAGAGGCUGGGGAGGGUUCAUCCUCCCAGAACCCUCCUGUGCAGCAGGUCAGGAAGCUACUGCAGGAGAUCCAGCACUCCCAGGAGCGCCCAGGCUUGGGCACCAACCCCUGCAUCCCCUUCUUCUACUGGGCUGAUGAACAUGACGACAUUAAGAUCAUGAUCGUCUAA